UCUUUUGGCACGGCGUCUGUCACGUGACCUUCAGGGCUCAAGAUGGCGGCUCCCAGGGAGGUGAAAACUCUCGUUUGAGGACAGGAAGACCAAGUGGCUGAGGGACAGACGGUGCUGGACCUGCAUCUCUGAAAAGGAGGUGAGAAAAGGAGAGGUGUGUCGGCUUCAGGGCUGCCUUCGGCGAGGUCGCGCCCCACCAUCCUCUCUCACUGCCUCCCCGCGUCCUGAGUGUGGAUGGAGAGUGAACAGUUCCAAGAGAGAGGGUUCCUCCCACCUUUUCAUCCAUGAUCCAAAUCCCCACCCUUGUGGAAGGGAAACAUAGCAGCGCUGGUCCAACCUGAGAGUAGUCGAAUGGCUGCAGCCAUGACAAGCAAGGCCAUGCUGGGGGAAGCCGCCAUUGUGUUUAUAGUGGUGCUGAGCAUCCAUGCCUCAGUAUGGGACCGCUAUUCCUGGUGUGCUGUGGCCCUAGCUGUUCAGGCCUUCUAUGUCCAGUACAAGUGGGACAGGCUACUCCAGCAGGGGGCUGCAGUUUUUCAAUUCAGGACCACAGCUAACAGCGGACUCCUGCCUGCCUCCAUGGUCAUCCCUUUGCUGGGGGUGGUGAUGAAGAAGCGCUGUGAAGGCGUAGGAAAUGUGUACUUUGAGCGCUUUGGCGUUGUGGUGGCAGCCACAGGCAUGGCAUUGGCACUUUUCCUGUCCGUAUUGGCCCUGGGCAUCACCAGACCAGUGCCCACCAACACCUGUGUCAUUUCUGGUCUGGCUGGAAGUGUCAUCAUCUACAUCAUGAAACACUCACUGAGUGUGGCAGAGGUGAUUGAGGUCCUUGAGGUCCUGCUGAUCUUUGUCUACCUCAACAUGAUCCUGCUGUACCUGCUACCCCGAUGCUUUACCCCAGGAGAGGCAUUGCUCAUCCUAGGGGGCAUCAGCUUUGUCCUCAACCAGCUCAUUAAGCGGUCCCUAAAUGUUAUUCAAGGCCGGGGAGACCCAGUAGACUUCUUUCUCCUGGUGGUGGUAGUAGGGAUGGUUAUCAUGGGUAUCUUCUUCACCAUGUUCUUUGUCUUCAUGGACUCUGGAAACUGGACAUCUUCUCUUUUCUUCCAUUUAAUGACAGGUGUUCUGGGCCUUGGUGUCAUCAUGCCAUGGUUAUACCACCUAAUCCGGGAGAACCCCUUGCUCUGGCUUUUCCAAUUCCUAUUCCAGUCAGAAACUCGUAUCUACCUCCUCAUCUACUGGUCCCUGCUGGCUGCUUCAGCCUGCCUAAUUGUAAUGUACCAAAAUGCUAAGAGAUUGUCUUCUGAGUCAAAGAAGCAUCAGGCCUCCACAAUUACCCGGAAGUAUUUCCACUUUAUCAUAGUGGCUACUUAUAUACCAGGACUCAUAUUUGACCGACUCCUGCUAUAUGUUGCAGCUGUGAUCUGCCUGGCUGUCUUUAUCUUCCUUGAGUAUAUUCGCUUCUUCCGAAUUAAGCCCCUGGGCCAGACUCUAAGGAACCUGCUUUCCCUCUUCCUUGACGAAAGGGACAGUGGCCCCCUCAUCCUGACUCACAUUUACCUGCUGCUGGGCAUGUCUCUCCCUGUCUGGCUAUUCCCAAGACCUUGUGCCCCAAAGGGUAGCCUGGGAGGGGUUGGGGCUCUGGUCCCUUAUGCAGGAGUGCUGGCUGUGGGGGUAGGUGACACCAUUGCUGCCAUUUUUGGCAGUACAGUGGGAGAGAUCCAUUGGCCAGGAACUCUAAAGACUUUUGAGGGGACAAUGACUUCCAUAUUUGCUCAAAUCAUUUCUGUGGCUUUGAUCUUAAUCUUUGAUAGUAGGGUGGACCUUAACUCCAGCUAUGCUUGGAUUUUGGGGUCUAUCAGCAUAGUCUCCCUCCUGGAAGCCUACACAACCCAAAUAGACAAUCUUAUUUUACCUCUGUACCUCCAGAUUCUGCUAAUGGCUUAGCCUUCAUGCAAAGAUCAUGUUGGGAGGAAGUGAGUUGAAGGGAAGCAUAUGGUCCAUAGUCAGCAAUUAGCUAUUUGGGUAUGAUGGGUCAGGUGGUGAAAAGCUGAUUCACUUUUGCAGUGAAUUAAGAUUUAAAAUAAAAUCAAAGCUGCUCUUGCAGCUCUGUUGAUUUGAAAAUAAGGUAACAUUUCAGAUGAAGGAAUUGGAAGGACAUACCAGUGAGUUUCCAGUGGAAGUGCAUUAUUUUUUUUAACAUUUAUUUUUUAUUUUAUUUUUCUCAAUCACAUGGAAACACAUUCUUUGCAGCAAUGGGGCCCAUUCAGAGAGCUGAAAAAGUUUUUGUGAGAGAAAUAAAAAACUCAGCCUUGAAAAAUAGCUUCUCAUCUUGAAUAAUGUAUACCUAAUAAUUUACAGAACUGUGCAAACUGGAUUUUGCUUACUGGACUU